CACGGCCCUUUUCCCACCACGCGUAGUAUUUGUCAAUUGUUUUCGUUGACCACCAUUAUUUCUAAUCUUUUAUCCAAAGAUUGUGCGACGAGUUGGUAAACGUUACUGCGACAAUAUUGUUAAGUUUAAGAGUAUUGACAAUAUAGUUUGCUGGACACGGUUGGACUUGUUUUCAACAGUUCUUGCCCCGUAAGAUUCUUAUAUUCACUAAACGAGAGGAUGCCAUACAUUUGUACAUUUUUGUUCUUUUUUUGUAAAUCGUCAAUCGGUAUGAGUGUACACUGGUUGCUCAAAUUCAUGGAGAGAUGCCAAAACGAAAAUGUCCAUCAUUUGCAGAGCAGAAGAAAAUGAAAACAUCUGCACAGAAAAAGCAAAAACAAGGCUUUUUUACUGCAGACAAAGAUACUGAAGCAGAAUCACAGUUCAAUGCUAGUCGACGAGAAACGCCGGGACGAGCUGCGAAAAGAAAAACUGGCGAUAUGAUAACAACCGUUAUGCCUAUUGUACAUCGGGAAGAAACACAAAAAGAAGCCACAAUAGGAACAUCUGCUACCAUACAACCAGAAUCAAAUGUCCUCACAGAAAAAAAUUCAACAAGAUCUUCAGGGACUAUUAUGAAAGAGCUUAUGGAAAACAAAAUGAUUCUUGUGUUAAACCGAAUCGAAACGAACGUCGUUGAGACCCUUCGUCUACAUGGUGUUACAUUACCUGAUCAUGACCUACAAUUGUUGCACUGCCUGCAAGAAUCAAACAAACAGUCAAGUGUAAAAAAGGCCAGUUCUGUCGAUCCUGAGCCUAAAGACCCUGCUAUUUUACCAGUCGUUUCGUCAACACUUGAAAAGGUUGACGUGGUGCAGCUGACUGAAUCUUCUGGGCAAGCUCAGGAAAUAUCGAUAAAUGAAGCUAACCCUUUGAACUCAGAAACGACGAUAGUAACAUCGGUUCCACCGGCUGUUACUCACGUUACCCUUCAUUCAAACACUAGUGAGUGUAAAAACAAUUUCCUGGAAAACUUGGCGCUUACCCAAAUCGUGCCCACUGGAACAAAUUCGAAUCUGUCAAACACGAAAAGAAUCAUCAAAAUCGCUCCAGCCAAAGGAGAUAGCAUUUCGCAUAAAAAGAAAAUCGAACUCCCCAUGAUCGCACCUUCAAUCCCCAACGGAAUAAUCAUCACUACUUCUGCGCCCAUUUUCACUCCAAAAACCAAUGCAUUAAGAAACUUUUCUAACAACCAAACUACACAAGGAAAUACCCGCAUCGUGUCCAACGUGAAGAUAAUCAAUCUACCCGCUGAAGACCUACAGACUCUGCAAAAUAACAAGUCGCAUAUCCAGUAUCUUGCGUCGAAAAAGGAUCUCUGCCCUCAGGAAGUUUCUCUUUUGAAUAAGCUUCUAUUAAAUCAACAAAAAAUUUUGGCAAGAGGAAAUCCAGUUGUACCCAUUCCUGGCCAACGCGUUCAAGGCAUUCCAUUUACGAUCGGCGCUUAUAUGUACGUCGUCCAGAGUGGCACUCGUCAAACUCUCACUGAUACUCGCAAGACUACCAAAAAGGUAGUUGCGCUAGUCCCCCCUACUGAAUUACGAUCGUCAGCUACAACUGAAAACCGUUCGAACUCUUCUAUCAAUCUACCUCAAGUACAGAAUUCUGUCGUGGGCAAAUUACUUGAAUUAGCCACCAGCAACAGGUGUGACUAUAUUCUACCGGAUGCCGAAAAGGCAGUUUGCAACCGUAAUAGCUGCAUUCUACAAGUAGCCCGUCUUAAAUCAGAAUUGAACCAAAAGUCUAUUGCUUUGGAAUCUUGUAACAGCGAGUUAGCCAGCUUGAGGGCAGAGUUGAGCAAAGCAAACCAAUACAUAAGCAAUUUGAGAGCACAACUGGAAGAGAAUACUCAUACUUUGUGCUCUUACCUAGCGGCAAGUUCGCACAUUAAUUACGAGUAAUUUUCGACAUUCAAGUGUAAAGUUUUUUCCCCAUUCGUUCAAUCAUGUGUGAAAGAGAAUCAGAUCGUGACACAAUUUGUGUUUUCAAAAUGA